AUGGUUGACGUGGACUUGCGUCGUGCUUGCUGCUCAGUUCUUCGUCACUGCCGGCAUUCUUCUGCCGCCUUAAGCUGGCUCGGUCCAAUUUCCAUGACUUCCCCGGCGUUGAAGACCGCCCUCUACGGAAGUUGUGUCUUUUCGACGUCGAUGAGACCCUCACGCCCGCACGUUAGAAACUCACUUCUUUGGGGACAAGACUUUAAAGGAGGUAACGACUACGAGAUCUUUAGUGAUCCUCGAACCAUCGGGCAUACCGUUACUUCUCCGGCCGAUACCACUAGGCAGCUAGAGGAGUUAUUCUUCAAAGACUAA